CUCAUCAUGCAAUCGCGCUUCGCAUCCUUUGGUCUUCAUCGGAACCCGUAGGACACGUGACAUUCACAUGAUUCUACCCGGAAAAGUUGUGGAAGGGGACAAAAACAAAAACAGACUUCGAUUUCCCAGCUAUUUCCAAUUAAACGACGAUGGAAUCAACCCUCGAACAGCAUCUGGACGACACCAUGAAGAACCCAGCAGUUGUCGGUGUGCUCUGUACAGAUCAACAAGGACACAACCUGGGCUGCCGCGGGUCCUUGUCUGAUGAACACGGAGGUGUUGUGUCUGUUUUGGCCAAACAAGCUUCGGCUCUCAGCAGAGAUCCAACGGACUCCCCGACGGUGUGCCUGGAAUCAGAUUCAGGAAACAUUCUGACGGGGUCCGCUGCUACGUCUCGGUCACGUGGCUCUCCUCGGUGUGGUGUGGGCUCUGCUCUCUGCGGCUCUGCGGGCACAGCCAGCGAUGCUGAGGCUGAGGUGGGAGAUGCGAUCCAUCGAGCGCUGCGCGUAGGGCCAAAGUUAUGGCACGCUCACCCCGGGAGACCAGAGCACCGCAGCAGUCCGUCCAGAAGCCCCGCACACAAGUCCCGCAGAGAGGCACUGUCCCGGAGAGACCAGCCCAAACAAUACCAGUCAGAUCAAACUUGUUCUGAACACUGCUCAGAGCGCAAGGCGUGGAGGACGGAAAAGAAUUUACAGCAGAGUUGAACUGAGUGAGGGGCGCAAUGCAACAGGCCUGUCAAGUGGAGAUAACGACUGGUGUACAGCUACACAGGUGAAACGAAGGCCAUCAUGAAUCUGUUCAGGAAGGAUGCCAUGACCUCAAAAAAGGAAAAGGAGAAAGAGAUCCAGUAUGAAGACCCUCCAGAUGGAGGUUGGGGCUGGAUGGUUGUACUGCAUUGUUUCCUUGUGAAUGUGCUUGUGAUGGGCACGCUGAAAAGCUUUGGAAUCUUUUUUGUGGCAUUCCAAGAUGAGUUUGGAGGCUCCGCAGAGAGCAUCAGCUGGAUUGGAUCUAUCAUGUCAAGUCUGCGUCUGUCCGGAGCACCCCUUGCCUCGGUGGCCUGUGCCAAAGUGGGAGUCAGAGUGACCUCAAUCACAGGGGCAGUGCUAGUUAGUGGAGGCUUCCUCAUGAGCAUAUUUGCUAGCAGCGUAGUGUUCCUCUACAUCAGCAUGGGACUGAUAGUUGGAAUGGGCUUUGCACUUCUAUACCAGUCAUUCUCUGUGGUAACAGCACUGUAUUUCAGAAAAAGGCUGGCAACAGCAUAUGCGAUUGGGCGCUCAGGGAUGGGAUUGACCUUUGCCCUUGCUCCAUUCACCCAGCUCCUUCUUGAUAGAUACGCUUGGCAAGGGGCAAUGCUGAUUCUCGGUGGCCUCAUGCUGAACCUCAUAGCCACUGGGAUGCUUCUGCGGCCCAUCAAAGUGAGGCCUGUGUCAAACCCUACCUCUUCACCCAUCCAAAAAAGCCCUGCCAUUUCCAUCAAGAGCUCUGCAGAGAAGGAACACUCCAAGAGCUGCAUGAGCGGUUCCUCCAACCUAUCCAAUGGUGUCUCCAAAUCAGAUUCUAUCCAGCCCUCCCCAACACCUCAAAGGGACACAGAGAACCAGGGUGGGAAAUGUACUCAGGGACCCGAAGACCAGUCAAUGAAUCCUGAACUAACCAGACUGGUCCUCAAUGGUGUUAAUGGUCAUGAGCCCCACCAUGACUCGGACCAAUGCAAGCCCACAUCUUUAGACAGUCCAGCAGAGCUUAAUAGCAGUAUGAAUGGUUCCACCAUUGUUGGCGUUUCCUCACACGCUAGUGUGCCAAGUGAGGUGACUGUCACAGAAAACAAAAUUCUGGAUUUCUCAUUGCUGAAGGACCCAUUCUUUUGCAUCUACACUUGGUCCUUGGUCUUCAGUCAGCUUGCCUACUUCAUCCCCUAUUUCCACCUGUCUGCCAGAGCCAGAACUUUGGACAUCGAUGCAAUGGAUGCCUCCUUUAUAAUCUCUGUUGCAGGUAUCACAGAGACCAUCGCCCAGUUGGCCUCGGGCUGGGUGACAGACAGGAACCUGCUCCAUAAAUAUCACUACCACAAAGCCUACCUGAUCCUCUGUGGUUUGGUCAACCUGCUCUCCCCUCUGGCAACCUCCUACAUCCUGCUGAUGGUCUAUGCAGUCUUCUUUGCCAUUUUCUGUGGCGGAUAUAUGGCUUUGCUGCUUCCCGUUCUAGUUGAUCUUGUUGGCUCAGACAAGCUCAAUAACUCCAUGGGCUUUUCCAUGUUCUUUGUGGGCUUGGGCUGUCUAACUGGGCCCCCUUUGGCAGGGUUCCUGUACGACUACACUCAGACUUAUGAUUGUUCUUUCUACCUGGCCGGACUGUGCUAUCUCCUCUCCUCCCUCUCCCUGUUCUUGGAGCCUCUAGCUCAGCGCUGGAAGGCCAGGAAAAAGCUGUCCCAGACCAAGAUAGCAGAAAUCAGCUGUAAGACUAAUGGAUGCUUUACCCCUGACCACCUGCAGAACGGCGCUGUGUAGGAACGAAAUCCAGGGAUGGAUCCUAAACCAACAUGCUCAUGGCCACAGACCUGCAUACCUUUGUUCAUGGAGCCCAGUUUCAAGUCAGGACCUUGAUCAGUCUUUUAAACUGGAGCGUGAUACCAGCGUCACAACAACAACACAAAAUCAUAUAAUAGUCUGAACAUUUAAUCGUGCAGAAUUUGCUAAAAAUUCAUAUGCUCUCCAAAACCCCCCCCCCCCCUCCAUCCCCUAUAUCUUCUUCACACCUGAAGCCAAUCCGUACGUACAUAAUUUAUUGAACUAAAAACAAAAUGGUUCCCAGUGCUUCAACAAAACUGCUUGGACUAUCAGUGCACAACAUACUGCGAGAGCCUGAGCUCUGCGCUUGAUCUCUUAAAAAUCCUGUCUUAAACCAGUUUUUCUAUUUGGACCUAAACAGAGGUCCAUAUCCAUGAAAAGGAAUGCCACAUCCCUUUGUCCAGGGAAGCCUUUACCAGUAUCUGUAAACCUGUGCCCACCGAUACCCACUUUUGGCCAAGUUAUGAUUCUGCUGCAUGAUGUUAUUGAUCUGAUCUGUAACUGCCAGGUACUCAACAUACUGAGCAACCAUUUUAAUGCUGCCUGCUCCUAUGACACAACGUGUAAUCCUGCAUAUGAAGCCAAAAAAACACAGUAGCUUACAUAGUUUAAUGGGAAAUGUAUCUUUUCGAUUUAUUGUAGGCAUGUGUGAGCAUUUAACUGUCGACGGUACACACUGACCCGCUGGUUUUUCUGUGUAUUCACACUAAUAAUCUGGAUACUUUUGUUUAAGAAACUGUGAUAACAAACUUUGGAUACAGAAUCACCAAUCAGUGCUAUCAGUGUUUGGUUCCCAUUUUUAGGAAUCCUUACAUUGUUUCAAACUUUUUCCUCAAGAAUGUGGGCUGAUUUAUUUCCGUCGUAGCAUUUUCUGUGAACCCCUUUAUUUUCCUUUUAGUCCAAAAAAAUACACUAUUCUUCCUCGUUGAAGUUUGCCCAGUUUUGCCAGCGUUUGUAGAAUCACACUUUUAAAUUUAGAGCUUGUCUUAGAGCCCAAACGUUUGAAUGUGUGGCUCACAUGGGGGAUUUAAGCACAGUCACUGGCAGUUCAGCGAACACCUACGCUGAACUUGCACCGACUUAAAGUCACUUACUCGGACUUUCUGCUUUCUCAUGAGGUAGCCCCACGCAGUGUGCACAUGUCAGCUAAUGCCUCAGCUGUGGGCUUUCCAGCAUUCGUCUCUUAUUUUUAAACCGACAUCUAGACCGCUGUCUGCAUAUAUAUCACUGCAGGAGCACCUGACACUUUACCGGAUUCUUGUCCUCAAAAGGAUACCGAACUACUCUGAUGUGAACCACAUCUGUUACUGCUUAUGUAACAACACUUCAACAUUAACACAUCAGUAAAAAAAAAAGAAAAAAAAUCUAAAAAAAAAAACAUGCUUCAUUGUUCACAGUUCAGAUGUAUUUUUACUAUAUAAUGCUACAAAUGCUCAUUUAAAUACUCGGAAACAGCUGUAAUUAACUCUGUGAUUAAUCCUGUGCACAAAGUGAGAACAUUGUGGAAAUGUUUGCACUUUAAUAAGUUUUUCCUUAUUUUUUUUUGUUACCUUUCUUUUUUUUUACCUCAGUAAGAAACAAAACACAUUUGGUAUUUAUGUCCAAUCGUAUGUUUAACAUCUUAAAGAAAUCUUUAACCCCAGCACACCAGCUUAUGAGAAAAUGGUCAUGCCUUGCUCAUAACUCUUUGGCUUUUCUAUGCAAGUGCACACAAACACUUAUUUUCUUUUUAUCAACGUUCACUCGUUUGAACUUUUGAAACUACACAAACUCCCAAGAGAGGACGCCUGUUUCAAUGUUUUCUACAUAUUUUGAUCACAGCUGGACUGGGGAGCAGUGGGGGGAGAUGAAUCGUAGGGUUUUUCUGCGCUGUUACGUGUGACUAUUUAGUCAGCACCGUAUGUCUGUAAAUUUCUGACCAGCCGUGUUGCUGGUGUAUUGUUGACCAUAUACCCCAACGGGACUGUUUCAAACUGUUGCUCAGACUUUACAGUGCCUGCAAGCAGCCUGCUCCUGGCAAGGCAAACUUGCAGUGUUAUAAUGUUUAUACUUGGGAGUCUGUUGGUUGUCGAGUCUUUUUUAUAUUGCAGCAAUUUUUUGUGUUUUCAAUAAGUUCCUUAUUUUUCACCACUGUUUGCCUUAUGAGGUGAUGUAUCUUUUACUAACUUUCCUGAAUUGUCAGCCAAAGAUCACAUUAGAAACCUAUCUUCAACUUGAAACCUUUUACCGUUGGAGUAGCAUGGACAGUGAAUAGAACCGAAUCCACUCUGAACACUCGUUUUCCAGCAUUUUCCUGGUCUUCCUUAAGGACUGGCCAAAAUUUAGUGAUGUGUUUUGUUGUGCUGCCCUCUUCUGGCAGAAGAAACCUCCUGCUCAGAGAAUGUUGUCUCAAUUAGCACCAAAUUAUUCCCGCUCAACUCGCUUUCACAAUAAUGCCCAAGGCUCUUUGUACUGUUUCUAUAACGACAGUCAUGCACAAAGGCUCUUUUGGCUCACGAGUUGCAUUCACCACCCGUAUGCUUUUGUGAUUUAGAGCCACUGAAGCUUUUGUACCAUUAAACUCUUUUAUUCUAAGAAUUUGAUGCUUUAAAGGUAGAUUUGGUUAGAAAAUCAUUUUACUUGUUAGUGGUUUUGGGUGUGCUUAGUAAUACUAAGCAGAAGGACUAAUAUUAAUGGGAAUUUUGGCGGUGAUGAAGAACUGGUGGAUUUCUGGUGGUAUUUGAUCUUUUUGUUUCUGCUUUUUUUUGUUUUUUUGGCAGCAGUUGCAUAAUUGGGGGAAAAAAAUGUUUGGUCCAUGCUCUUGUUCUUGGAUUUGUUAAUGGAUCGACUUUAGAAAAUAUUCUUAACUGAUCAUAGAUAUUCUGUUUCAGGACAGUUGAAAUCUCUCUUAUUUUUCUUUUUCUUUGUUUUGCUUUGUAAUAGUGCGCAUGUCAGCUGUAAUAAACUGACGUGUGACUCUGUC